AUGGCAGAGCUGGCAGCGAGCCAGCGCGGCGCGACGCGACCGCCCGCGCAGCCGUUUAAGCACCCUUACUCGGUGGUUAUGUCCAGUACCACCAGCAAAAAGCGCGUACGGAAAGAGGAUGUUGCUGGUUUCGAUGAGUGCGACGCUGGUAGUUGGGAGUGUACUGUUUGUACAUAUCGUAACCGUUUCGAAGCUUUCAAAUGUGAGAUGUGCGACACAAGGAAAGGGACAUCCACGAGAAAACCGCGGCUGAAUGAAAAUGUUGUCCAGAUGCAGAAAGUGGUCCAAAACUUUGUUGUACAGCAGCAAGAAAAAGCCGCUAGCAGUUUCAAGAGACGCGCUCAGCAGAGCGCCUGGUCUCCGUCUACAUCGCGUCAUUCGCCAGAAUCAUCUUCGAGCGGCUCAGCAGUUAGAAGUUUGAACACGCUUGGAUCUGUAGCUAAAAGUCGGCGAAGAAUGGUGUUCAUAUCAGAUCAUCUCAUUUACAGAACAUUUCCAAAGAAGGUGACAGUGGUUGUGAACGGGACGCCAGCAACCAUAACCGAGUUUCGCAAAAAACCGAUUUCAUCGGAAAGAGUGCGGCGGCAACACCUCGAAUUAAACCAACUAUCGCAUUUGACUGCAAAAAGCGAAAGAUUACGGAGUUUUCCUUCUAAACGCGUCAAUUCUACAUUUGAAGAAUAUUCGACCAUCAUCUACACAUACUCCUUCGAUGCCAGAAUAAUGUAG